AUGGGUGUCAAAGGUGAUUUCAAAGCUGUAAACCCAGCAUCGAGUGUCAAUGUCACAGCUGCAAAGAAAGAUAUCUCAGUCGAAACAGCGCCCAAGCGGGAUUACAAGGACGAUGUGAUUGAGGAUCUUAACUGCGACUUGAAAAAGCUGCAGAAGUCGCUCACAUGCGUCAUCUGCCUGGAGAUGCUUUUUGAGCCAUACACGCUUCAGUGUGGGCAUGUGUUUUGUUACACGUGCAUGCUGGACUGGUUAGACCAGGCCCAUAAAAUGACUUGCCCCGAAUGCCGAAGUAUCGUCAAAGUCCAGCCGGCGCCAGCAUACUUGAUUAAAGAUAUGAUCGAAGUAUUUGUGUUGCGUGCCGAACUUACAUCGCCUAAUGGAAAUGGCUUAGAGUUACGAAAACAGCAGCAAGAAGCCCUGAAAGCAGUUGAAAGAGAUAAAGCUAGUGAAGGAACAGUUAAAGGUGGACUAUUCCGCGGGUUGUUCAAAGGGAAAAAGAAAGACCCAAGAGUAGUACGUGACCCAGGGGAUGGGGUGUUAAGAUGCCCAAGAUGUAAUUGGGAGAUAGAGGAUGGAUAUCGAAAUCGUAUCUGUGAACACUGUGGCGGUAGAUUUCGGCGUUUGUCUCGCUAUGGGGAUUUUUCGGAUGAUGACGAUGACGAUGACGAUGAGGAUGAAGAUGAGGAUGAUGAAGAUGAUGACGAAGACGAUUCUGGGUCCGAGACUGACACCGAUCACGAGAGAAGGCAUCCCCUAUUUGAAUCAAGCGACGAGAACGAAUUGGACGAAGAUGACUGGGAUGCGGACGAUGCGAUUCACAUGUUUGCUCGCAACCACUUCCAAGGCCAAUUCGACGACGAUGAGGAUGAGGAAGAUGAGAAUGAGCACGACGACGAGGAGGAGGACGAGGAGGACCACAGAAAUAGAAUGCGGGAUUCCUCAGAAUCAACAACUGGUGGGAGAGAUGAACCAAUCAUCCUCGAAGAUGGUUCUGAUACCGAUGAGGCAACAAGAAAUGUUCAAAGACCACCGAGGGUUGUCCCCCAAGCCCGGCGGAGAGCGAGUCAUAGGACCACUAAUCAUACGGAAACAAGUGAAGACGAAGGAAGUUUAGAAGAUUUUAUAGAGCAUGACACACCCGAGGUUCGGAGAGGGAGACCAGUACCUGGAAGAAAUGGAGCAGGGACACGCAACAUUUUUAACAACAGUCCUGUGGUCAUUUCUUCAUCUCCGGCAAUCAUAGCACCCACUCGAAGAAAUGCAAGGAGGACUGUUAUUGAUGACGAAGAGGAGGACAAUCAAUCCUCAGUCUCAGAAGCAUCCUCAACACACUCGCGACGUGACUACAGCCAACGGCGCGGGCCCAUCGCAUUGCCUAGUGAUAAUGAUGAUGAUUUGGAGACCCUAGGACACAAUAUGGGGUAUACACCUUUGGAUUACACAGCUAGCGAAAACGAAGAUGACUCGUUUGUGAGUCCGUCCUCCGGCGGAGGAAACCACACAAAUGUUGCCAGUCACAACACUGGCUCUGGUAGUGUUUUCAGUGUUCCGGAAGAGGAUGAGGAAAACGACGAGGAUGACGAAUCUCGUGCAUUUGGGGAUGAUGAUGAAAGUGAAGACCAGGAUGGCGAUGUGAGGAUGGGUGGGAACGAGCAAAGAAGGAGAAUUCCCAGUAGUCAAAGGGCUGUGAGGAACAGAACUAGAGGCAGUCGCCCUCACGUUAUAGAGGAUGAUAGUGAGAAUGACUCUGAUGCUCCUACGACAAGGCGAAGACGAAUACAGGCCGCCGGUAGUAUGAGUAACUAUCGCCCCGGUGAAACGAGUAGCUCCCGCAACUGGGCUAGCCGAAGACAAAGAGAGAUUGUCCCGGCGUUUUUAAAUAUGUUCCAACAACACAGUCAGGCAAUGACCGAAGGUCGAUUGGAAAGUUUGGGUUCUAUGAACCCGAGUGUUAGCCCUGCCAGGAGCGCAACACCGGUGCAGAGAAAUUACACUGGCGGGUCAUCGUCUAGGGCCACAAGAUCUACAAGGGAAUCUACUCGGGAAUCAAGAGAACCAACGAGGGAACUAACACCUGUGCAAGCAAUGGGACAGGGCUCUCCGCCUCCGCCAUUUUCACCAAUGUUUCAGGGUAUAAGUUCAAGUCUGGCAUCAAACAGUCCAGUACCAAACAGUCCUGCACCCAGUAAUUCGCAAAUGCAAAGCCCACGUCUAGGCGCUGAAGCACGCACAGGAAGCGAAGGUGGUUCCAGCAAUCAAACCUCUUUACAGUCACCAAGACCCGUUCCGAUUACAAUCGGAGCCUCCCCGCAAGCCAGCCGCAUGCGCACUAGGAAUUCAAGGCAACAGCUCCGAGGGACCACAAGCCGCUCGGGUCCUCGUCUGGGCAGUGCUACAACUACACCUAAUACCUCACAGCCAGCGCAGCUUCAAGGAGUUACAAGUACGGCAGCGGCCCACGGACGGCAACAGGGCGCUAGGCCAAUCUUGACCGCUGCGGCAUCAAGAAGCAGGAGGGGCAUUCCCUUGACAGCAGAGGAUAUUCGUGCGCGAGGAGAGGCGAUGAUACGGCGACAAAGACAAGAGGCGGCCGAGUCAGCCAAUGGCUUAGGAAGAAGGAGCAGUAGGAGGAAUCUAUCAUCAAGUACGACAAAUGGUAACGGAAGCUCUGCGCCAGUACCGCUUGUCGCUGUAGGAAGGAUAGGCUCCAAUACCUUGCAAGGUAACGGAAGGAGGGUAGGGGCAGUUAUUGGGGGUGCACCAGGCCAAGGUGCGGGUGGCGGGCCAAUGUUGAUCAUUGACAAUGGUGACGAAUAG